AUGAUCCACCUAGAAUUGAUCAUUGGAGAGUUGAAAAGUAAUGUCUUGUUCCACGUCAUUGACGCUAAGACGACCUACAAUAUGUUGUUAGGACGUCCUUGGAUCCAUGAAAAUGGAAUAGUGCCGUCGACCUUGCAUCAAUGCUUCAAGUUCUUUCAAAAUGGAAUAAAAAAGGUUGAUGCCGAUUUAAAGCCUUUUGCAGAAACCGAAGCUCAUUUUGCUGAUGCAAAAUUUUAUGCAAAAGAAGACAUUUCUAGUGAGGUUCUUCCAGUUGAGAUCCCAUCUAUAAAAGGUAAACAGGGUGAAGAGGAGCACGUUAAAUUCAUCGCCAAAAAGGACAUUUCUUCCUCGAAGAAAGGUCCAGAACCAUUCCUCCGAUAUAUACCAUUAUCACACCACAAAAAUGGACAAUCACCAUUCACGGAAUGCCUUCAAUCUACAAAAGACGUGGGAAGGCUUCCUGCAAAGCUCACGAUGGAGGAUGUAGCCAUAUUGAAAGAAAAUCAUGUUAUGCCUUCAACUUCACCCACAAAUCCUUUACCCUCAAAGCCGUUAAAAGGAUUCGUGAGAUCUUCGCAGAGUCCGAUAAAGCAUGUUAUUCUACCAAAUGAACGGACGAAAGAAUGGUUCGAACCAAAGGCAUAUAAGCUGUUAGCCAAAGCAGGCUACGAUUUCUCAAAACAAGAGGACUUAGGGAAGCUAAUUCCAGAAGCCACUGGAGAAAAGAUGCACGGCCUUAGCAAAACACAAAGGAAAAUGAGGCUUGAAGGGCAUGAAAUUCCUAUCCCAAAGAUCGGAUUAGGUUAUACUCCUGAACAACCAGCUCAGAUAUGGAUCAAGAAAAGAAGCGAUCCUUCGAGUUCCCAAUACAUAAUAGUGGAGGUCGGCAAAAGUUCCAAUCAAAGAAAAGACCAUUCUUCACCCCGUGUCUCAGUGUUUGAUUGCAUCGAGGCCUCGUCAUCACGAAUCACAGUGUUCAACAGGUUAAAUACAACUUGUUUAACACCAAAUCGAGACACUCUUGCUUGUAAAUCGUCACAUAUCCAUGAUGAGGAAAUUGAAGAGGUAUCAUCCUCGUUUCAUAUUACAAUAGAAGAGGGUACACUGUCAGAUGCUGAAGCAACCAAUGAAGAGGUCCAUGAAGCUCCUCCAGCCUUGGAAGAUGGAGGACAAGCUACAGUUGAUGAACUUAAAGAGAUCAAUUUAGGGACUGCUGAAGAACCCCGGCCAACUUUCAUCAGUGCACUUCUCACCCCUGAAGAAGAAGAAGGAUACCUCAAGCUCCUAGUAGAGUAUAAAGAUGUGUUCGCUUGGACUUACAAGGAAAUGCCUGGGCUCAAUCCGAGUAUUGCUCUACACCAUUUGGCCGUAAAGAAGGGCAUGCGCCCAGUCAAACAAGCUCAAAGACGCUUUCGGCCAGAGCUUAUCCAUCAAAUAGAAACUGAGGUCAAUAAGCUCAUUGAAGCAGGCUUCAUUCGUGAAGUGCAGUACUCGGAAUGGAUCGCUAACAUCGUCCCUGUCAAGAAGAAGAAUGGACAAAUUCGAGUGUGCAUUGACUUCCAUGAUUUGAACAAUGCAUGUCCCAAGGAUGAUUUUCCAUUACCCAUCACUGAGGUCAUGGUUGAUGCCAUUACCGGUCAUGAAGCUUUAUCUUUCAUGGAUGGAUCUUCGGGUUACAACCAAAUUCGAAUGAAUCCUAAGGAUGAGCAGCUUACAGCUUUUCGUACCCCUAAGGGAAUUUACUGUUACAAAGUGAUGCCUUUUGGACUAAAGAAUGCUGGUGCUACUUAUCAACGGGCCAUGCAGAAGAUCUUUGAUAAUGUACUUCAUAAAUAUGUGGAGUGUUAUGUCGAUGAUCUGGUGGUUAAAACAAAAAGGAGGGAAGACCAUCUAGUAGAUCUACGAUCCGUGUUCACCCGCCUGAGAAAGUAUCAGCUUAAGAUGAACCCCCGCAAAUGCGCUUUUGGCGUAACAUCUGGAAAAUUUCUUGGUUUCAUUGUGAGGCACCGCGGUAUUGAAAUUGACCAAUCCAAAAUUGAAGCUAUCCAGAAAAUGCCAGAGCCCAAGAAUCUGCGAGAACUUAGAGGCUUGCAGGGAAAAUUGGCCUACAUACGACGAUUUAUCUCGAAUUUGGCUAGUCGAUGUCAACCUUUCAAUAGAUUGAUGAAAAAGGAUGUGCACUUUGAAUGGGAUGAGGCUUGUAGCAAUGCUUUUGCAUGCAUCAAAAGACACUUACUUAUUCCUCCAGUUUUAGGUGCUCCUAUCCCAGGAAAGCCUUUGGUGCUGUAUAUUGCGGCCCAAGAAAGGUCUCUAGGUGCUCUUAUGGCGCAAGAAAAUAAAGAGGGGAAAGAAAGAGCCCUUUAUUAUCUAAGUCGAACUCUCUAUGGGGCUGAAUUAAAUUAUUCUCCUAUUGAAAAGAUAUGCCUCGCUCUUUUCUUUGCCAUAGACAAACUGGAGCACUACAUGCAAGCAUAUAUGGUCCGUUUGAUAGCAAAGGCAGACCCAAUUAAAUAUGUCCUCUCCAGGCCAGUGAUUUCGGGUCAUAUAGCUUGGUGGGCAGUCUUGCUUCAGCAAUAUGACCUUGCAUACGUUCCACAAAAAGCUGUCAAAGGACAAGUAUUAGUAGAUUUCUUAGCUGAUUACCCAGUUCCGUCUGAUUGGGAGUUCUCUGAUGAUUUCCCGGAUGAAGAUGUGUUUUACAUUGAAGUAAUGCCACCAUGGGUGAUGUUUUUCAAUGGGGCUGCACGUCAAGAAGGAGCGGGGGCAGGUGUAGUGUUUGUUUCUCCACAACGGCAAAUACUUCUUUACUCGUUCUCAUUAAGCGAACUCUGCUUUAACAACGUAGCCGAAUAUCAAGCAUUGAUCAUUGGUCUACAGAUGGCUAUUGAGAUGGGCAUAUCACAACUUGAGAUCUUGGGAGACUCCAAAUUAGUUAUCAACCAAAUAUUGGAGCAAUAUGACGUCAAGAAAGAAGACCUCAUCCCCUAUUGCAAAUAUGCGAAGAAGUUGCUAGCAAAUUUUGAAGCCAUCACAUUGGAGCAUAUACCGAGGAAGGAGAAUAGACAGGCCGAUGCUUUAGCUAAUUUAGCUACUGCCUUAGCAUUAUCCCAAGAAGAGACAACCAAAGUCGCUAUUUCUCAAAGAUGGGUGGUACCUCUCGUGGUUAAAGAAGAAGAAGAAGAGCAAGCCAAAAUCAUUUCCGUAUGCCUUGUCGAAAAAGAAGAUUGGCGACAAGUGAUCAUUGAUUACCUUCAACAUGGAAGACUCCCGGAUGAUAAACGCCACAAGACUGAAAUUCGGCGGAGGGUUGCUCGAUUCAUUUACUAUAAAGACACACUUUUCCGCCGUUCAUUUGAUGGAUUGUUUCUCCGUUGCUUAGGAGAGGAGGAGGCUAAACAAGCCUUAGAGGAGGCUCAUUCUGGAAUAUGCGGCGCACAUCAGUCAGGUCCUAAGUUACAUUAUAGGAUCAAAUGA